AUCGGAUUCUUUUCCUGUCAAAAAUCAAUCGAAGAGUGCUCUGUGUGCGCCAGGUAGAAAACGCGAAGACCCGUCUACUUUUUUCAAAGCCUCACCGCCCCGAAGUGUGAACUGUGAAUUCCGGAUUCGAUUCGAAACGAUGGCGUCCCUCUGCGGAAGAUUAGUGCUCAAUGCUGCCCGCCGCAAUGUCACCUACACACCGGUGCGAUUCUGCAAAAUGAUGAACGACCCGAUCGAGCACGCCACCGGUCUGGAGAAACGCGAACUGUUGGCCAGACAGGCCGGCGAUAACGAUCCCUUCGAUAUGCGUGUGUUCAAGCGCGGACCGGGCACCAAGGAAAGCCCGAACAUGAUUCCAUCGGCUUUUGAGUCCCGUCUGGUUGGAUGUGUCUGUGAGGAGGAUCAGACCUACAUCCAGUGGAUGUGGCUGCAUCAGGGUCACCCCAAGCGUUGCGAAUGUGGACACUGGUUCAAGCUGGUCGAAAAGGCUCCCGUCUAAAAGCUUUUUAUGGGAAUGUAAUUGUAGAGAAAACCAUAUGUUACAAGCGAAAUAAAGCAGAAGAAUGAUUAAAAAUUUAAACUAACUAAGCAGUCAAUGGAAACCACAUGGAAACUGCACGAUUACGUUCAAAUAAACAGUAAGAAAAUCGAAAUCCAAAGCAGUUUUGUUUUUACAUCAACUUUUGCCGUUGCUUUGGCGCAUAUCCCUUGCAUAACCUUCGGGACAAAAAUAAAAAUCAACCUACAGAUACGGGAAGAUAGUGUCAUAGUCCAGUACUUAAUAAAUGUCCGUUACAAUUAGAGGAUCA